AUGACUGUAGAGACACAUACUAAGGCUAAACUGCCUCAUCUCUCUUCUGAUAAACAGCUCACGUUUAUAAAGUUGGCUGUUUUAUCAAUGGCAGCAAUCCUAUCUUUUGCAACUAGGCUAUUUUCGGUGCUUCGUUUUGAGAGUGUGAUCCACGAGUUUGACCCAUAUUUCAACUACAGAACCACACGGUACCUUACAGAGGAAGGUUUUUAUAAGUUUCACAAUUGGUUUGAUGAUCGAGCAUGGUAUCCAUUGGGACGUAUCAUAGGAGGAACAAUAUACCCUGGGCUUAUGGUGACAUCAGCUACACUUUAUAAUAUCAUGCAGUUCCUAAACAUUACUAUAGACAUUAGGAAUGUCUGUGUCUUUCUAGCACCAUUCUUUUCCUCUCUCACUACUAUUGUCACAUACUUGCUGACGAAGGAGCUCAAGGAUGAAGGUGCUGGAUUAGUUGCAGCAGCAAUGAUUGCCAUUGUCCCUGGCUACAUCAGUCGUUCCGUUGCUGGUAGUUAUGACAAUGAGGGCAUCGCUAUCUUCUGCAUGUUGCUCACUUACUACUUCUGGAUUAAAGCAGUCAACACUGGAACUAUAUUGUGGGCUACAAUGACUGCUCUAGCGUACUUCUAUAUGGUAUCAUCAUGGGGUGGCUAUGUAUUUCUCAUAAACCUCAUCCCACUCCAUGUCCUAGCACUGAUGAUGCUGGGACGUUUUUCAGCUCGAGUUUAUGUUGCCUACAGCACACUGUAUUGUGUAGGGACAAUAUUGUCCAUGCAGAUCUCAUUUGUCGGCUUCCAACCUGUGCAGAGUUCCGAGCAUAUGCUGGCGUUAGGUACGUUUGGCUUAUGUCAGUUGUACGCGUUUGCCCAAUAUUUGCGCGAGCGUCUGUCGCCCGCAAACUUCGAGCUUCUGUUCAAGGCGCUGCUCAGCACACUGUUGGCUACACUUGGAACUGCCGCCGUCGCGCUUACAGUUACAGGCAAAAUUUCACCAUGGACCGGAAGAUUCUACUCGCUGCUUGACCCUUCAUAUGCUAAGAAUCACAUUCCUAUUAUUGCGUCGGUGUCCGAGCACCAGCCUACGUCAUGGUCCUCCUUCUACUUCGACUUGCAAGUUCUGGUGUUCCUUUUCCCUGCAGGCUUGUACUUCUGCUUUAGUAAGCUGACCGACGCCAACAUCUUCAUCAUACUGUAUGGAGUUCUCAGCAUCUAUUUCGCAGGUGUCAUGGUCCGUCUUAUGCUGGUAUUAGCUCCAGUCAUGUGUAUAGUGUCAGGCGUGGCUGCGUCCAGUCUACUGAGUCUCCACGUGAAGGACAUUGAGCCUAAAGUAGAGAAGCCUGAUAAGAAAAAGAAACACGAGAAUAAUUUAGUCUUUCGCUCGGAGGUGGGCGCACUGUUUGUAUGUGUACUGGGCUGCCUGUUGACGUCAUACGUGUUCCACUGCACGUGGGUGACGUCAGAGGCCUACUCCUCCCCUUCAAUCGUGCUGUCCGCACGCGGCCACGACGGCGCCAGGAUCAUCUUCGACGACUUCCGCGAAGCCUACACCUGGCUCAAGAUGAACACACCCGAGGACUCGAAAGUGAUGUCAUGGUGGGAUUAUGGCUACCAAAUAACAGCAAUGGCUAAUCGUACCGUCAUAGUAGACAAUAAUACGUGGAACAAUACGCACAUAUCACGAGUGGGCCAGGCAAUGGCCUCAACAGAAGAGAAAGCCUACGAGAUCAUGAGAGAGUUGGAUGUGGACUAUGUGCUGGUUAUAUUCGGUGGACUAGUAGGCUACUCGUCUGAUGACAUCAACAAAUUCCUAUGGAUGGUACGCAUUGGAGGUAGUACAGACAGAGGGGCCCAUAUUAAAGAAGCAGACUACUACACACCUGCUGGAGAGUUCAGAGUUGACGCUGACGGCUCUUCCACAUUGCUCAACUGCCUCAUGUACAAAAUGAGCUACUACAAGUUCGGCCUCAUGUACACAGAGGGCGGUCGACCGCCCGGCUACGACCGCGUUCGUAGCGCAGAGAUCGGCAACAAGGACUUCAACCUGGACGUCUUAGAAGAGGCAUACACCACGGAGCAUUGGCUCGUUCGCAUAUACAAAGUUAAGCCAUUGCCCAAUCGCGGGGUCUGA